AUGGAAAAUAAAACAUUUACAUUUCAUAUUCAUUUGCCGGAAGGAAUAGAAAAUAUUGGACAACCAAUAGUCCUUGGUGAUAUAAAAGAACUGGGAUUUUGGGAAAAUCCUGUUGUAAAAUUAUUUCAACCAUUUCCUAAAAAUCCGACUUACUGGCAGUCAGAACCAACAAUUAUUUCCGUAUCAAACAUUCCCGAAAAAAAUUAUAUUCAAUAUAGGUUUGCUAUUCACAUACCAAAACCUCCGUUUCAUGAAAAAAACGUAUUCGAAGGAAAUAGCGAUGAAGAUAAUCGUAUAUUGGAUAUUGAGAAAGAGAACCAAUUUGCCAUUUGGAAAAAUAAUUUUAAUUUAAGCCAAAAAUUGAGUCUUGACCAAAUUCAAGAUUAUGCUUUUGUAGAUUAUAUCUUUAACUCUAUUGGGAUUCAUAACUUUAAAGAUAAAGUAAUGGAAUAUCAACAUUUAUUGGAUCUUCAUAAUGACGUCACAGUUUGUGCAUCAAAUUUCGAAUAUAUCGUCAAUAAUAUUGACGAUAAACUAAAGGAAAAACGACUCUUCUUAUGUCUUCUUUUAGGAUAUCAUAUUUUAAGACAAGAUUUGAAUUAUGAACUACCGACGUCCUUUUCAUCAGAAUUAUUGCUCGAUGCACUUGAUAACUACAAGCAAGAAAUAUUUCCUUCAGAUGUCAAAGUUCUGUUUCAUGCCGCUAUUACAAAUUUGAUCCAACAUAAUGCCUUUCAAUAUCAAUUCCACUGGCUUAAAAUUUUUACGCUUAUGGCAACAAUUGAUCCUAAAUAUAAUUUCAUCUAUCACUUAAAUACUUUAAAGUAUCCCAAUGAUGAUUUAUUAGAAAAAUUUAUUAAGGAAGCAGAAAUUAUUAGUCCUCAUAUUAAGAAUAUUGAUUUCAAUAUCUACGUUAAAAUUGCAAAGUGGUUGAUUCAAUUAUGCCAUAAUAAUAACUCUCUUUUCAAAUUAUGGAAUGAUAUUCUCGCACAUAAUAAAGAAAUCGAUAAAAACAUAUUCAAGUUUUUCAUUGAUCAAAUUCAAAAAAACAUCUCUAAUGGCGAUUCUAUUGCUUUAGAAAACGAUUUUAAUAGAAUUCCAAAGAAUUGUCAUGAUGACGUUACUGAAGUUUUCCGAAAUCAUAUUUUAUUUUUACUUGAAAAUCCAAUUCGGAAGUGGGAAAGUCGAGAUAUUUUUGCUAUACAAAAACUUCUUCAAAACGACGGCUUAAAUUGGUCAGAUGACGAUGCCAUAAUCUCAUUAGAAUAUAUAUCUCAGUCUCGUAGUUUGGAAUUAUUAAAUAUAUUCCCUGAAAUUUUGGAUAACUUUUUUCGAAAUAAUUUUUCCGAUACUAAAAAGAAAAGAUUACCAAGUAUUUGUACAAAUUGGUUUACACUUCUUUUGUUUAAACUAAGCGCAAAUGAGAAAAAUAUUUCAAACGAAGUCAACUUUAUAUCUUUAAUAUUUCAACUAUUAGAACGUAUGCAUCCUUUACUUAGUCAUCGAAAAAAUAUUUGGCAAAAUCUCACUACAAUUGUUGUAAAGAAAGUAAAGUCACGUCCUGAAUCUCAAAUAAUCGAUUCCAUAAAAUUGAUAGGCCAGAUAAAAGAACAAGAGAUUAAAGAAUUAUUUUCCGAUAUAAUUAAAGAAGUAAUAUUUAUUAAAACUAUUCAACAAAUUAAUGAUCGAUUGAUUGGUAAAAUAUUUACGAUUUGCGGUUGCAAAGGCAGCAAAAUAUUAAAAGUUCCAAACACAAUGAUUGAAGAUAUUUUAUGCUAUAUUUUGGACGAAUUACAAAGAAAAUCAAAUGUAUCUGACGCUUCAGAGCAAUAUAUAAAUAUUAUAAAAUCUAGUAAAUUUUUAAUUCUCAUAUUAAAUUCUACCGGCAGUGUAGAAAGACUCAAUGCAAAUUCAUAUUUACAACAUAUUCAAAUGUCUAUCGUUGAACUUAAUAGAUUACUUAUAGAAGAAACGAUAAAUUUACAAUUACUACAACAGCUUUUGAAAUAUUCAGAUGAACAAUUGUUUCAAUAUUUUGAUGAAAUUAUUGGAAAGAAGUCUCUAGGUCAUUUGAUUAUUUCUCGAGACGAAAUCGCAAAACUUAGAAAAUUAUAUCACGAUUAUGAACUUAAACUCGAUCAACUUCUUAAGUUUUAUAAUAAACAUUGUUCAGAAUCUAAAGUUAUGGGUGUAAAUAAUUUUAUUCAAGACAUAAAAAAACGUAUGCAAAAUUUAGAUAAAGUUAUUUUGAAUAAAUCGAUUUUAUCAGAUCAUUGGAAGUUGCACGAGAAAACUUUGGAUAGUGCAAAGCGUUGUUACAAAUUUGGUCAAUCUCAAAUUUUCAACAAUAUCUUUGAAGUUUAUCUUAGGGAAGAUGAUGCUGCAAUAAAUGUAGAAUAUAUAGCACAAAUAUUAACACCAGCCGUUUUUAAAAAAUAUGAUGCCCUUUGUAAGGAAUGGGAAAAAUUCAAAUGUUCAGAUGCGUCUUUGAAAAAUAUUACAAAUGUUGAUGUAGAAAUUGAAUUAAUUGAAUAUUCUAGUUCUUCUAAAAACCAGAAGUUUGCACAAGCUCUUAAAAAUCUUUCGAAGAGACCUCAGUGGAUUGAAAGAUUUGAGCAUUUGAAAAAAGUUGUAAAAAUUUUCAAAGUGCCACAUAAUGAAGAUAAUUGGUUGUCAAAAUCAAUUCGUAUUUUAAAAGAUGAUUCCGUGACACUUCGCGUAUUAAAUAAUUUUUUUGAUUACCUUGAUAAAAAUCAUUCUGUUAGUCAAGGUUGUUGGGGUUUGAUAAAAGAAUUAUCAAUUGCCAAAGAUCUUAUGGUUUUUCUACAAAUAAUCGGCAAAUUUGAUACCAGAAAAUUGUUAAAUUACGUAAAUAGCGUUGACAGACAUUUAGAUAUUCAAGAAGAUACAAUUUCAUCGCUUAUUCAAGUCGAGCAAUUUUUAUUCCCACUUAUGAAUAAGGAUAAAGUAGAAAAUAUCGAUGAGCUUUUGAAAGAAUUACAGGAUGUUAUAAUAAAGAAUUCCUCUUUAGGGGGAAAGGUAGCAUUAUGUAAUAACUACAGUAUGACAUUACGAAUGACGUACAAUACCAUUUUAAAUCGUGGCGAAAUCACUAAGGAAAAUAUUAAGAAUAUUGUACUUAAUGGAAUAUAUAUUUUUGUACGUGAUGAAAGAAAAGACAAAUGUAUAGUUUCAUUAAAAUAUUCCUCCAACGUAAUGUAUAAUUUAAAUGAAAUUUUGGAUUUACGCGUACGAGCUUUAUCAAUAGCAAAAAAAGACACCGAUAGUACAAGCAUAGAUGAUAUUUUAAAUGAUUAUGAUACCGUUAUGGAUGAUUUUAUUUUUCAAGUAGAUGUAGCACAAGAAAUAAUCGUCGCAGUGUCUGUGCUAAUUCAACUUGGACAUUUUCAUUUUGGUAAUAAAAAUUUUGAAAAGAAAUUACAAGGGACAAAUAAUAUGGAAGAUUAUCUUAAAUUUCUAAAUAAUGAACUUGAAAAAUGGAAAGAUAUAGUUGAUCGUGCGCGAGAGAGAUGUUAUUAUCUAACGUUCUUUUCUGUUCGUCAUAUUUUGACACUCUAUGAUUACUUUACAUCGGAAAAAUUAGAUAAGAAACAUGAAGAAGAAUGCAAGACAUUGAUUAGAUUUGUAAAUAGUAAGGCCCAAUUACCUUCUCGUAAUGAAGUUGUAUUAUGUGGAUCAAAAGAUGAUCCUGAAACUCUUCAUAAAAUCGGUGACGAAUUAAAAAGGAUUUUUGAAGAUAGUCCAAAACAAAUGCGUAAAUUUAAUGUUACUGGACAACGCGUAAUGUCGGACAUUGUUACAAAAAGCAAAUUGUUUGUCGCUGCUUGUACAGAUAGUUCACGAAUUCCUAAUGUAAUUAUGUCGUUAUAUGCUAAUCAUGGAUAUUACCCAGAACCAUGGCAACUCUUAAUAUGUACUUCUUUAACCACGAUGGAAGAACUCAUGAUUUUCAUCAAAAGAAGUUUUUUUGCAUCAAAUAAUGGAUAUAAUAAUUACUUAUUUUGUAUUGCAAAUCUAGAAUUGUUAGACUUUGAAUUGCAAUAUAAUUUAGUCAAUCAAAUUAGAGCGAUGCAAAAAUUACAUGAUCAGGAGAUUGAUUAUCUAUUAGCGCUUAUUUGUUACAAAAAGACUGGUAUGCACCACUAUAUUUUAGAUCAAUUCUCUCGAGAUGUUCAUGAAACUAAUGGUUUAAGCACUGAAACGAUGAGAGAAGUUUAUCGGAAAUUAUGUCAAAGCGUUAUACGCGUUUCAUCUGAUUUAUCAGGCCAGGGAAAAACUGAAUGGAUUAAAGAAGCCAGCUUCGCUAAAAAGAAAAUAUUACGUAGUUUCUUAAUAAGCGAUGGUAUGGGGUUUGACAAACUUGUAACUCGAUUCAAAGAAUGUAAGCUGCAGCAAACGGAGAGUAUGCAUAUCAAUAUUGUGUCAACAGACCAUCCUGAAGACGUCAACAUGUUCUUAUUCGAAUUAUUAACUUUGGGAAUGGUUUCUACUAACGAUAUAGCUUAUCUGCCUUCGCUAGAAACACCUACAUAUGUAUUUAUUGAGAUAGCUUCAACCGUAGAACAACGUUUGCUUAAUUCUCUUCCUAUGGCGGGAUAUAUAUUGUUUAAUCACUUAACUUGGAAUAUUAAAAAUUUAAGCGUUUCCCAAGAAAUUAAUAGUCCAAUUCAGAUUGUUUGUCAUUAUUUGAGCCUAUUGGAUUGCAAUAAAAUAGAUAUCAAAGAAGUCCAUUUCCGAACAAAUGAAGCAACCAAAAAGCCAUUAUCUGUGGAACGCUGUCAAUCUCUUAUUGAUAAAUAUAUUUUUAACAAUAACAUUAAAGUUGUUUCUUCAUUUAGAUUUUUUGAAAUAUUUAUUAAUGUACUCACGGAUCAAUUAGUUCGAUUAUCAUCCAACCAACAUUUUACUUUAAAUAAUUUAGGUAAUCUGAAAUUGAUUGUAGAAGAGGCUAAUAUUGCUUUAAUAUUAAGAAUUUUAAUAGGCAUUUCAAAAGAUUUUGCAGCUAGAUCUAUUAAAACCAGAGCGACAGAACUAGAAUCUAUAGCUGCUGAUGGUAGAAAUUUUGUUCAAUGGGAUGAUUUUAAUAAUUUUAUAUUAUUUUUCAACUCCCAAGAUCAAGACACUAUAACACUUUUAUACAGUGACAGAACGAAAGCCUAUGAUAACGCUAAGUUGUUAUUAAAAAGUGAUCAUUCAAAUUGGAAACUAGAUGAUUAUGUUACAAUGUCCGAAAAUGAGAUUUUAAUGAAAUUAGAAAGAAUGGUUCGUAGAUCAACACAAAAAUUAAGUCUACCAGAAUAUGUCCUAUCUAGUGAUAACCUGAUAAAGAUGGCGUUAAUUCUUUUAAGAGUACGAUCGAACGUUCCGGUCGUAAUUUGUGGUGAAGCGGGAUGUGGCAAGACAAGUUUGAUUGCUUAUUUGGCUAUAAUGAUAGAAGUACAAUUUCAGACUCUUAAUCUUCAUGCUGGAAUCGAUGAAAAAACUUUUAUGUUGUUCAUUAAUGAUGCUAUGAAAAAGGCGGGAAAAGGAGAGAUCUGGUUAUUAUUUAACGGAAUUAACACUUGCAAUCAAAUAGAAUUACUUGCAGAUCUAAUAUCCCGCAGAAUGCUUAAUGGUAAAUACAUACAUCCAAAUAUUCGUUUAUUCUCUACCUGUAAUCCAUAUCGUCUUCGUACAGGAGCUCAAAGUAAAGCAAUUGAUUUGACAACUAAAGUUAAGAAAUACGAAGAAAAAAGUAAUCUUGUUUAUCAAGUCACACCACUUCCCGAUCAAAUUUUGGAUUAUGUUUUUGAUUAUGGUAUCCUAAACUCGAAAGAUGAAUUGAAGUAUAUUCAAAUUAUGGUUGAAAAAGAAUUAAAAAAAUUAUCUCAUCCUGUAUUUGUUGAGCUAUUAUCCGCUUCUCAAAGAUUUAUUCGGAAAGUUGAGGGGCCAUAUAGUGUUAGCUUACGUGAUGUUAAACGAGCUAUAACAUUAGUGGAAUUCUUUUAUAACUCCCUUGAGAAACGCCAAGCUUACAAGAGAGGACAUACACACCCACCAUCUGAAAAUCCUACUAUAACGACUAGAUCUUAUGUUUUAGCACUAAGCUUUUGUUACUACUUUCGAUUAUAUGAACAAGAUUUACGUAAACAAUAUCAUCAUGACAUGGGGCAAAUACUUCAAACCCAUAAUUUUGACUUAGGAGAAGAUGUAUUUGCUGAAAUCAUUCGCGAGGAACAGGAAUACUAUAUUAAUAGAAUGGAAAUUCCUUCUAAUGUAGCUAUAAACGAAGCUUUAUCGGAAAAUAUUUUAGUUAUGAUUGUAUGCAUUUUGACACGCAUUCCCCUAUUCCUUAUUGGAACACCUGGUUCUUCAAAAUCUUUAGCAAUUAAUCUUAUAAGUUCGAAUUUAAAUGGAUUUAAUUCACGCGAUGAGUAUUUUAGAACUUUACCUCAGGUUUACUUAAUUACUCAUCAAGGAUCUUUGUCUUCAACACCUGAUGAUAUCAUAAAAGUUUUUGAUAAAGCAAAAAAAUAUCAGGAAACAGACUCCAAGGAAUUCCCUAUUAUUAGUGUAGUAUUACUUAAUGAAGUAGGUUUAGAUGAAAUGAGUCCUUUCAAUCCGUUAAGCGUACUUCAUUCUCUUCUUGAACCAAGUUAUCCAGAUACAGAACUAACUGUUGCAGUGAUAGGAAUUUCUAAUUGGCGUCCGGAUAAUAGCAAAAUUAGUCGUGCAAUACUUGUUCAGAGACCACAAUUAAAUUUGGAUGAUCUAGUUUCAACUACUGUACAUUUGUUAAAUAUUGAACUUGGAGAUCAAAGAGACACAUUAGAACUUUUGCCUAAAGCAUAUUUAGAUUAUGAAAAAUGUGGUCAAAUUUUGCCUAACUUUCAUGGCCUUCAUGAUUAUUAUGCAUUGGUCAAACAACUUUCAUUAGAUGAAAUGACUCCGGCGAAUAUCCAAACUGCAUUAGCCCGCAAUUUUGGAGGGAUAGAAAAUAAUGUCAAAUUGUAUGAAAAACAUUUUGGAAACGUAUUUAAGAUGUAUAAUAAUAAUCAUGAACCAUGGGUUUAUAAACCAAUUCCGAUUGAAAAGUUGAUCAAUUUAGAUCUAGAAGACCCUGAUGCGCGUCCUCUAAUGGUUAUUGGUAGAAACGAUACGAUCUUAAAUUUAUUAACUCGUCAGUUAAAAGUGAAAAAUUUGGACCCUGUUGUAAUUUUAGGAUCACAAUUUUCUAGUGACCGAGAUGAUUACUUAUACAACGUUUUAAGUAAAAUUUUGAUGUGCAUCGAAGAAGGAAGACUAUUGAUCCUAGUAGAUUUAGAAACAAUUUAUGAAAUACUCUACGAUUUAUGGAAUCAAAAUUAUAUUGUAAUUGGAAGUAAAGAAAACGCCAAAUACUUUAUUAGAGUUGCGCUCGGAGCAUACACUAAUCUUAUUUAUGUUUCGCCAAAUUUUAAAUGUAUUCUUGUCAUGGAUGAAAAGAACUUGGCUUCUGUUGAAUCUUCAUUUCUCAGUCGAUUUGAAAAACAAACAAUGUCGAUUAAUGACAUACUUAAUGAUAGGCAAAAAUCACUUGUCGAGAGUUUAAAAGAUUGGUCAAAGCGAAUGACAACCUAUGUUGGAGCUAAUCCAGUAACUAAAUUACUUAAUAAAUUCACCCAUAAGGAUCUAUUCAUUGGAUUUGACAAGGAUGAAACAUUACAAAGUUUAGUUAUCGAUAUUACAAAGAAUAACCCUGAAGCUGAAAACAGUGAGAUUUUAGAAAAUUGCAAGGAAUGUUUAGUGGCAAUAGCGUCUUCUGACGGAAUUAUAAGAGCUGAACAAUCAGUGCUAGGACGAGAUGAAGCUGAUCGAUGGAAGCAUCUUUAUUACUAUAAACAAAACCAUGACAGUAUUUAUGAUUAUUUUUCUACUUUGUUUAAUCAAGAAAGAUUGUUGACAGAUUCAGAAAGACAUUUAGUGAUUGUCAACACAUUCUCUAGUAUUUUUACGGAUGUCAAAUGUUGUUUACAAGGACUCGUAACGUGUCAAGUAGAUACAUUAUCAGCUUUCAAGACAGAAGUUCAAUUUUCAAAUUGGGUGAAACAUUUCUGGUUAAAAUCAACUGAUAAUAUGUUAAUUCUCCAAUGUGAUGUAACUACCGUUAAUACUAGAUGUAUUAAAUUAGCUAAAUUCAUCAUUGAACAAUUUCGAAAUGAAUACAUGGCAAAGGAGGAUCACAUGGAACAAGAGAAACCUAUGAAACACGCAUGUAUCAUUCUUCAUAUCCACCGAAAUCGAGAAUUAACUUUAUCUUUUAAUUUCAUGUGUGGCUGGAAACAAAUAACUAUAGAAACAUUGCCAAGAUAUGACACGAGCCUUCUGGAUAAAUCGUUAUGUGAUAUUAUCAACUGUACAUAUCCAUUUGAAAAAAUUUUACAAGAAGAACUAUUAUGGUGUUUAUCGUGUAUGAAAUAUCCAUCAAAUGAUAUAUCAGACAAUCAUGCAAAAAUAUUGAGUGAAAAAAUAUUAAAGUGCCCAAACUUUAUUAAGUGCUUGAAAGAAAAAACUCUUGAAUGGAUUAAAGAAAAAUCUAUAAAUGAUCGGGCAUACAAGGUUGCAUUAAAUGGCCGUUCUUUCACUUCAUUUUCUUUAUCGUUCCAAGUUCAUAUUAGAACACUAAUUAGAAAACCAAUAGCUCAAAUUUUAUGUGCCUUAGAGAGAUUAUCAGCAACAAACCCAGUUUUUUAUAUUGAUAAUGAUGAAGGAUUGUUCAAAUUUUGGCAACAAAUUUUUAUGAAUAAUAAGAUUGUCAAAAUUGAAGAUUUAUCAGAUCCAAAACCUGAUGGAUAUAUUAUGACAGCAGAAAGUUUAUAUGAUCUUAAAUUUCCCUUUUCAUUAUAUUUUAUGAAACAGAUUGAUAAUUUUAAAAGAUAUUAUGAAGAAGAAGUAGCAAUAUUACGACAAGACGAGGAUAGAAUUAAUGGAACAACAAAUGAACUUUAUGAUUGGAUAAUUGAAGAUCAUUUAAAAGAUUUUAAAAAUAACAUUUUUACAUCGGUCCCAGAAUUAAAAGAUUCGCUUUUUGAAUGGGUUUCUGAGUUAUAUUUCAAUGACUUUGUUACUGUUAUUGCAACAAACAAUGGUGGAAGUAAAAAUACAAAAAUGUUAACAACGAUCUUGAAACUACUUUUCAGUGCAGAUAAAUUACGUCAACCAAUUUUCCUUCACUCUUAUUGGUGGAAAAAUGGCAACGAAAUUUUAGCCCAAUUACAAUUGACUCAAAUGUUUCCAAUAAUAAUUCAAAAUAUCGAAAUCCGAGGCAAUGCUAUAAUUAAAGGAAGUCUAGAAAAAUAUCUCGUAAAAGAAGCGAUAAAACUUAUGUUACAGCGAAUUUAUGGAAAUUUUGAUGGCGUAACAAACUCUGAUAAAUGGCAAUAUGACGUCACAAAAGUAUUAUCUCUUACUAACAAGAUAACGCGAGCGAAGAAUUUACCAGAUAUUCAAUUGUUACAUAUUGUAAAUGAUUUAGUCGCAACAAAGGCUAUUCCUUUAGAUGACAUUAAAGAAAUUGUUCAACUCGGUCAAAGUUCGGAUAAGCAUGAAGUUCUUCCCGAGAAAUUUAUUAACACCGUACUCGAUAAGCUAGAUAAAUUAGAACAAAAUGAGAAAAAUUUAAUUCCGAAAAGAUCAUUUAUCAUAAGAUGUCUUGGAUUUAUUCCACUUGAAUCAGACAUUCGAUUAAGCCUUUACAAGAAAUUAUUCUCGUAUGAACCUUUUUCAUUGAUGGGUGCAAUCAUCGAAAAAAUCUUUCUUAAAGAAGAUACAGAAAAUGAAGAUAUAUUUUUUACAGUAAUUUCAGAUUUCGAAGAAGCUUCAAUACAAUCUCCUCGAUUAAAUGUUAUUAAUAAAUGUUUAGGAGAUUUAGAUACACAUAUGGCUACUUUAUGUUGUGAUACCAUUGAACAGACCUUCUUCAUGAAUGAAGAAUUAGAAAAUUUAGCGGCUUUUAUUGGACCAGCUCUUGAAGCUUUAUAUAAACAAGGAAUUCCACCAUUGCAAAAAAUAACUUCUAUUGCUUUGCUUAAAGAAUUCGUUCGUCGAUUCUGGGAUAGCUUUAUUCAAGAAGAUAAGAAUAGACCCAUUGCAUAUACUCAAAUGGAAGAAGACGACUUUGAUAGUGGUGAAGUAAUCAAUCAAAUUAAUACUUACAUGAAUAUCGCUCACCCCUUGGUUUAUUCUCUCAAAAUGUACUUUUUAAGAGAUUUACGCCAGAGAGAUUUUUCAAUUGAUGAUGUCAGAAAAUUUUGUGAAGCUCAAAAAAGAAUUUUACCAUGGCUCAGAACUUUAAAUUGGGAAGAUAUUAAAGAAAAUCGUUUGACUUUUAACCCAUACUGUAAUUUACCUGAAUAUAAUGAAUUAGAAAAAAGCUUUAUGAUUUUUUAUGGUGUAGGCAAUAAGGCACCCUUCCAAGAAUUUAUACAAAAAAUUAAGAAAAAAACUACUCUGACAGCUAAAUUAUCUUUAUUUGGACUUUUCUUUGUACGUCUUCACGCAAUAAGAGCUUCAAGAGAAUGGCGACAUCCAGAAACGCAAUCGGCUGACUUCGUGAUCAAAGAACUUGCUGGAAUGAAUAAUUUCCCAGUAUUAUUUAAAACAAUCACAACAAAAAUCUUGUCGAAUAGACAACUUUUACUUCAAAUUAAUGAUUCGAGAAUUAAUAAUACUGAUUUGAUUUUGAAAUCUGUUAUUGCACAUAUAAUCGCAUUUCAUACAUCGGUUGAACCGAAUUCAUCUCAACUAGCAAUGUACUUACACAGAAUACAAGAUUGUCAGAAUCUCUUUAUUUUAACGUGCAUUUCCGAUGAAGAAUCUGUAGUGAUUAAUGUAAUUGCUGCUAGAGAAAGCAUUGCAAGAUUUGCUUGUAAAUGUGGUUUUAAAUAUGUCAUCGGAGAAUGUGCUACAGCUUAUCACACUAGCACAUGUCCAAAUUGUAAAAAUAUCAUCGGUGGAAAAUAUCAUGUACUUUCAGCAGGUAAUACUAGAAUUGAUUCUGAGAUGAUUACUCAUUUAACUUAUUUACCGGUAAAUGAUCAAGAAGGGUAUAUUGGAGAACUGGUUAAUCAAACUUUGACUCAUUCUGUUAGAUCUCUAACACCUACAUCAUAUCGUAUUCUACAUUUAAUUGUUCAUGCUCUUAUUGGAGCAUCUGCACCUCAACCUGCCCUUGCUUUUCUUAGAAAAAACAAUCAAACUGCUACCGAUGCUGAAAAGUAUUGUAUGGAUCAUAUUCGAAAUGAUUGGGCAAUUCUCAAGAAUAUUCUUAAUUGUUCGGAUGAGAAUUUGGCGUUAAUAUUUCAUUCUCUAAUUUCUUCAAUGAUGGAGAAGCCUCCAUUGCCAAACCAACAAAUAAAAUCAUCUGCUGAUCGCGAGAAUUGGGAAGCUGAAUUCCAUAUAAAUUACAUUAAACCACAAAUUAGAAAUAUAAUUGAAACAGCAACUAAUUAUCGUAUGAAAUUAAGCGAAACUUUAGCCAAAAAUCAAAAGAAUAAUAUGAUUGAAGACGAAAUUAAUCAAACUUUAGUCAUGGAUAAACAAUAUCGAUUAGAGAGUUUACCAGCUUUAUGGAGAUGGAUUAGAUCUGUUGACUUCAAAAGUUUCCAUAGUUAUUAUUUGGGUGAAUUGGAAAGGAGCAAAAAUAAUUAUCUAUUCCUCUCAAUAUUCUUCAAAUAUGUUGAGCAAUUAAAAUUGCUAAAACAUCUUUUGCCUAUUGUAAAAUUUGUUCAAAUUUUAAAUUCAAAACUCGGUUAUCAGCUAACAAGACAGAAGGCGAGAGAAAUGACCUUCAGGCAAUUUAUAGAAAAAGAAUCCAAUUAUGGUGAAAAACAUGAAAUUUUCAAUGGUCUAAAAACCUCGUUUGAUGACUUUUGUAAAGGUUGGAAUACAGUCUUACCUUUUGUAAAACGAUAUCAAUGUUAUGAACUUCCAAGAGAAAAACCGAAUAUGGCUUAUAAACUUCCGGUUGUUUUUGGUUUGAUGGAACAAAAAGAUGCAGGAAUCUUCUUAUGUGCGAUCUUAGAUUUUUUAGUUGGCUUACAAAAUAAAUUCUUAGAGGAAGUUAUGUCAAUACAACCUGGAACUUGCAGGUCUCUCAAGUUUUUAGAUGAACCAACAUUUAAUGCAGAACAAACUGUUUCAUCAACUUCAAAGUUAAAAUCAGCAAGACCAAAUACAACUAAUGAAUAUUGCCUUCAAUCGAUGUAUCUUGAUCAAGUUCGUUCCGUUAAUAUCAUAAAUUUUGAAUGGGAUGAUGAAAUUCUUGCAUAUAGUCAAAGAAAUUUAGCAAUUGCUAGAGGAGAAGAUAUUGUUUAUGAUUUGACAAAAAUUGAAGCGGAAUUAGCAAAUAUUUUAGUAUUUGAAAAAGUUUACCUAGAAACUCAACCAGAGUCUCAGUUAUAUUUAGAACCUUUCCCAUAUUAUAUGGAACUUUUCCAAGGAUAUAUGAGAAUUCUUAGUGAUAUUAAGAAUUUAAUAACUCAAGAACCCAUCUCAAUUGAAAAAAUGAAUUUAUUAGAUCAUACUUUAGAUAACGCGUCAGAAAAUUUAUCAUCAUUAGAGUUUCUCCUAUGUUUUGUUAAACGUACAGCGGUUAGAGAUAAAGACAUAUCCAUUAAGGAUUAUAUUUCAAAAUGGGUGAAAUUAUCUUCAUUGUCUACACAUGAAGGAUUCGCUAGAUUCUUAAAUAUCGAUUUACGACUUAAACACUUGGUAGCUUUAUACGAAUUCGUUGAAGAGCAAGUCGCCGAUGUUAAAAUUAAAUAUAUUCAUGAAAAAUAUAAAGAAGAACUUUCAACAGAUAUGAAGGCGGCAAUAAUGAAUUCUGUAGAUUUUAAAAAGCAAACUACAAUGAAAAUAGCUAUACCAGCAGAAGCAUUCUCGUUAGCCCUAAAAAGGUUCAUGUUCCGAUUUUUAACUUUAGAGAAUCAAAAAGAAAUGGAGCCACUAUAUGUUUAUUUACAAGAUAGUUCAUUAAAUUUAUGGCCCUCAACAAUUCCAGAGAAUAUUAUUGAUGAAUUAUUUCCGGAAAAUCUGUUAGUGGCUAAUACAUAUGAUGCUUACAAGUUUAUAAUGAUAGGGAUCGAACAGAGACGCUAG